GCGCGAUUUUCGAGUAUUGACAGGUCGCGGAAGCUGUAUGCACGUGUGAGGAAGACCACCACGGCACCACGAUAGUGGCAAGUCGAACCCAAAGCGCUUUAUGGCCUACGAUACUUCGAGCGGCUAUGCGCCGCCCAGCACAAGCAAUGCGCAGGACGAUGCAUCACUGCCUAUGUUCAGCAUAGAGCGCGUGUCGCUGCAAUUCUCCAUAUCUUCGGACUUCGUCGCAGCUGCAGUAGCUAACAAUGUCCUUGUUCUCGCCCUCUCGACUGGGCGCAUUCUGCGCAUCGACCUAGACAGCCCAGCAGACAUAGACGACAUUGAUCUGCCGAAGAAGCCCUCAGAAAUUGGCGUCAUCAAGCGUCUCUUCCUCGACCCCUCCGCAUCGCACCUCAUCGUAACAACCACCCUCGCCGAGAACUACUAUCUCCAUACGCAAUCGCGAACUCCCAAGGCACUUUCGCGACUAAAGGGUGUCGUUAUUGAGAGCAUAUCAUGGAACCCUUCGCAGCCUACAGCAUCGACACGAGAGAUCUUAGUGGGAGCAUCAGACGGCAAUGUCUACGAGGUCUUCAUUGAGCCUUCAUCCGAGUUCUACAGGAGGGAGGAACGAUACUUGAAGAGCGUAUACAGCACUACGGAUGGUCCUAUCACUGGCUUGUGGACCGAUAUAAUACCUGGGAGGCAAGACCUGCGACGCGUGGUCAUAGCGACACCAUCGACAUUUGUACAAUUUGCAGGGAAAGUUGGGCGCAAUGCACAUGAAGGCAGCGGCUCCAUCUUUUCGAGGUUCUUCGAGAGCGAAUCUGCGACCGUUCAUGAGCUUCCAAAUGUAUCACCGACAGCCACCUCACUCCUAGCUGUUUCCCCGGAAAACCAACAGACACCAGACCAAGAGCGUCUGAAUAGCGAACGAACAUUUGGCUGGCUGACAUCACAGGGCGUGCUGCAUGGCAAGCUGUACCUGUCACAAGACACCUCUGACCUUGGAGCCAAGGUUUUAGCAGAUUCAAAGUUGUUGCCUAGGUCGCAGAUCCCAGCAUCACAGACUGCUAGUGGUCGGACCAGGAGAUCGAACGAUGCAGUCAGUUCGAUUAUACUCAGCCAGUGGCAUAUAUUGCAAUUGGUGGAAGGAAGGGUGGUAGUAAUCAAUCGCCUCGAUGAUACUGUUGUGUUCGACCAGGUUGUACUUGAGCCUGGACAAAGCGCACUGAGCCUUGUCGCUGACAUCAAGUCGAACACCUAUUGGCUUUUCACCACCCGCGAGAUCUUUGAGAUCGUUGUAACAGACGAGGCCAGAGACGUGUGGAAAAUCAUGCUUCGGUCACAGCAGUUCGAGGCCGCUUCACAAUUCGCUAAGACAUCAGCACAAAAGGACACUGUUGCAACUGCAUCUGGAGAUUAUCUGGUCGGCAAGGGUCAAUACCUGGAGGCAGCUGCUGUGUAUGGGCGAAGCACAAAACCAUUCGAGCAAGUGGCUCUGACGUUCAUUGAUCAGGGAGAACAAGAUGCACUUCGAAAAUACCUGCUUACGAAGCUUUCGACACUGAAGAAAACUUCUCUGAUGCAACGGACCAUGGUGGCCACAUGGCUUAUUGAGCUGUACAUGGCGAAGCUCAACACCCUUGAUGACACCAUCACGACCAAAGCCGAGCUUUCGGAUAGUAUGAAUACUGCAGAGACCCAGGACCGUCUCUCGGCUAUCAGGAAAGAUUACCAAGAUUUUGUAUCGAAGUAUAAGACAGACCUUGACCGCAAGACAGCGUACGAUAUCAUCAGCAGCCAUGGCAGGGAAGAAGAACUAUUGUACUUUGCUACAGUCGUGAACGACUACAACUACGUUCUGUCAUACUGGGUGCAACGCGAGCGUUGGCAAGAAUCUCUGGCCGUGCUCAAAAAGCAGACUGACCCAGAGAUCUUCUACAAGUACAGCAGCGUGCUAAUGGCUCAAGUGCCUGUCGAGCUUGUCGAGAUUAUGAUGCGGCAAUCGAAUCUAAAUGCGCAGAAGCUGAUCCCGGCUUUCUUGAACUACAACAACACCAGCAGAGCCCCCUUGAGCCAGAAUCAGGCUGUCCGCUAUCUACUCUUCGAGAUCAAUCAACACCAGUCGACUGAUGCUGCGAUACACAACACACUCAUCUCUAUCUACGCAUCGCACUCAACCACCGACGAGUCAGCAUUACUUGCAUAUCUGGAAGGGCAGUCGCUUGCACACGAGCAAAACUAUGACGCUGACUUCGCUCUGCGCCUUUGCAUCCAACACAAGCGUGUGCAAUCUUGCGUGCACAUCUACAGCUCCAUGGGACAAUAUGUACAAGCCGUAGACCUUGCGCUCAAGUACGACGAGAUAGAUCUUGCGAGCAAUGUCGCAGACCGCUCCAACACCGAGCCCACCCUCCGCAAGAAGCUCUGGCUCGCAAUCGCGAAGAAGGUCAUUUCACAAUCUUCAGGCAUCAAGACAGCAAUCGAGUUCCUGCGACGCGUUGACCUCCUCCGCAUCGAAGAUUUGAUUCCGUUCUUCCCUGACUUUGUAGUCAUCGAUGACUUCAAAGAGGAGAUCUGCACAGCGCUGGAGGACUACAGCCGAAAGAUCGACGAACUCAAAAAGGAGAUGGACGACUCCGAAGAGACGGCGCAGCAUAUCAAGAGCGACAUCAAAACUCUGGACCAGCGUUAUGCCAUUGUCGAGCCUGGCGAGCGCUGCUACGUCUGUGGCUUGCCGCUGCUGGUGCGACAGUUCUUCGUGUUCCCGUGCCAGCAUGCGUUCCACAGCGAUUGUUUGGCGAAGAAGGUCGUGGAGCUUGCAGGUAUUGCGAGGGGAAAGCGUAUCGCAGAGCUGCAGUUGGAUGUCAGUAAGGGAACGAGUAUAGGCGCCAAGAGGGAGAAGGCAAUUAGGGAGCUGGACGCGCUUGUUGGAUCAUCCUGUGUUCUUUGCAGCGAGCUAGCGGUCAAGCUCAUCGACGAGCCUUUCAUCAGCGCGACAGAUGACAAAGAAGAAUGGGCGCUGUAGUGUAGACGUGAAUCAAC